AUGCCGGCACAGGCGUGGGGCGUGGGGGGAAUCACCGGCCAGAUUGUGCGCCGAUACCAAGGCGCGGGGCGAGCCAAGCAGCCUUGGCCGUUGGAGCUGCACAAGGACGCAGGCUGCAGCUCUCCAUCUGCCUCCACCGGUUCCACAUCAUUGACGCCGACUAUGGCGUGCUCAGCAGCUGAUACGCCCUCUCGCACGGUCCCGCAGAGCAAUCGCGCCCAAGCCAUCAUGACCGACCCGCUUGACCUCUCGCUCGAUCUGCUGCGGCGCCUUCCACCGUCCAAGGUGGAGGCCAACCUCGAGUCGAUCGUCAAGCUCAUCCCUUCGUAUGCCGAUGACCUCUACUCGUCGGUCGAUCAGCCGCUGCGGGUCAAGAUCGACGACUCCAAGCAAGGUGCUGGCCGCGAGUUCCUGUGUUGCGACUACAACAAGGAUGGCGACAGCUGGCGCUCGUGGAUCUCGGAUACCUACCAUCCACCCAUCUCGGCCGAUGCGGAUGAAUCGGUCGACGGAGAACCAGGCACCCGGCCCAGCGCUUCACUUCGCUCGCUCGAGCUCAAGUUCAACGACGCCUUUGAGACGUACGCCAAGCUCUACUACGAGAACGCGCUGUCGAGCGUGUAUCUGUGGGACCUCGACAGCGAACCAAGCUCGCUCGCCUCGGCUGCCGUUGGCGGCACCCAAGCCCCCUCCACCUUUGCCGGUGUGGUGUUGCUCAAAAAGACGAUCGGACAAGACGGCGGCAACGGCGUUGCGGGCGCAUGGGACUCGAUCCACGUGUUUGAGGCGACAGAACGCGCGAGUGGCAGCUCGAAAUCGUCGUCGGCAGCCACGGGCGCCAGUGCGAGCUACAAGCUCACCUCGACCGUCAUGCUCAGCCUCGUGCGUCGCGACGAGGGCGAAGAUGCGGUCGAUGCAAAGGCCUCGUCCACGCGUGUCGGCACUGUCGAGAUCGCCGGCAGUCUCACACGCCAGUCCGAGGCAGACUAUGCGCUGCCCGACUUUGUCUCGCACGUCGCCAACGUCGGCCGCAUGAUCGAGGACAUGGAGGCCAAGAUGCGCAACCAGCUCCAGGAGGUCUACUUUGGCAAGACCAGAGACGUCGUCGGCCAGCUUCGCAGCACCCAGAGCCUGGAGAAGGAGAGGCGUGCGCGAGACCUUCAAAAGGAGCUCAUGGGCCUCUGGAAGAACCCUACCUCUCGCCUAGCUCCCGCUCAGUUGCGCAGCGAUGCAGCUACCCCGCACUUCGAUAGAUACGUCUGCCGACGUGGAGAGCGAACGCUGAUGGUGCAUCCGCUGGUGCUCGCUACUGCGGCUAGUGCAGGCGUUGGCGCAGUCGUCGCCUUCGAGCUUGCCGUGUUUCGGCCGUGGCGAGAUGAAAAUUGGCCGCACGGCUUCGCGCAAGGCGUCCGAAGCGAGUUCCUCAAGCUGCGCCAAGAGGUGGAGCAGGCGGUCAACGAGAUCCAUCGCGACUUCCGCACGCGCAGAGACGAGCGACGACGAGGCGACGACGGCCAUACUCGCCUGAAUGACGACGAGCUCGAUGACUUCCGCCGAGGUGUGGGCGAGGAGGCGAGCAGCGAGAGAUCGCAGCACGAGUUCGAGAUGCACGAGCGCGAGGCGUCGGCCUAUCGCGACCAGCUACGCGCAUCGAUGAUGCAAGCUUCCGGCUCGAAUCCCCAUCACAGCAGCGACGGGCUCAGAAGACGACGCAGAUCGAACGCUGAUGGUGCGAGCGGCAUCGCUGCAGAUCAGACCGCUACCACUGCCGCUGUCGAAGAGAAGCGCGUUCCAGCCUCACCCGAGCUGUCGCAUCACAAUCUGGGUGACGCUUCACCCAGCAUCGGAGAUACCGCUUCGCUGGCCGACGCCGGCGAUUCGCGCUUCAACACGGUCAGAGGGCGUGCGCUCAAUGCCGAGCCCCGCGAAACUCUCGCAGAAGACGCCGCCGAAAACGACGCGGCCAAGAACGGUCUUCUGGGUCUGGAUUUCAGCCAGCCAAACACUCCGCCCUCGCUGGACCCUGCUCCAUCCAAGUCGCAGUGCGACCCUUUCGCAGACAUUGUCGAUGACACCGCCUCGUCCUGGCACGCGGUCUUUGACAACCGCAGUGCCGCUCUUUCUCGCCGCAACACCGACGAUGAGGCGUCUGUCAUCGAACAUCCGUCUGCGCACGGCCACUUGAGCGAGGAAGGUCACAUGGAACUCGACACCAAUGGUCUUUCGCAGACGCUGUCUGAGCAACACCUUGGAGCUCCUCGCGAUGACGGUACGAGCAGCGUCGGGUCAUCUCCGUAUCGCUCGAACCGUGCGCUCGCCGCUCCGAUCGAGGGCGCAGACGCGGGGUCGAGCUCAGGCGGGAGCGAGCCCGACUUUGAGGUGAUCAGCGACACGGCAGACUCGGAGGCUCGCUGGUCGCAUCUGGACGCGCCGCCGAGCCCGACGAUCUCGAGCGCGAGCGAGGCGCUCAACGUCACGGCGCGUCGGGAGGCAGCGCUCUCGCCUGCGCACAGCGAUGCCGGCGACAGCGACAGCUGGGCCGAACUCAGCGAGCCUGGCUCCGACACUGAGGCACCAGUCGGCGCAAGGAUGCAGUCGGGUAGCCCCACGCGCCUUGCUUAG